AUGUCACACGAACAUAGUCCAACAGGUGAUAGUAAUUCAUCGACAAGUAUAUUAUCAACAACUGGUUUAUCACCAUCACCACCACGAAAUUCUAUUUUACAAGGAAAAACUUAUGAACAUGAUCGUCGUGCAAGUAUAUGUUCACAACAUUCAUCCUAUUCAAUGAAAUUUGAAAAAACAACAUAUGAAUCAGCACCUGUUGCACGUAAUACAUUAGAAAAUAAUCAAGUAAGAAUUAUUGAUUAUCGUGGAACAAAAUUAACAUCAUUUAAUGUCGAUGGACGUGAAUUAAUAUGUUUACCACAAGCAUUUGAUUUAUUUUUAAAAAAUUUAGUUGGAGGUUUACAUACUGUUUAUACAAAAUUAAAACGUUUAGAAAUUAUACCUGUUGUAUGUAAUGUUGAACAAGUACGAAUCUUACGUGGUCUUGGUGCCAUACAACCAGGUGUAAAUCGAUGUAAACUUUUAGGACCAUCGGAAUUUGAUAUUUUAUAUGAUGAUUGUACAAAUUCAGGUUCUCGACCAGGUCGACCACCAAAACGUAAUUCAGCACAUCAAAUAGAUGAUUGUUUAGAUAAUAAACGUAUUAAAUUAUCAUCAAGUCUUUUACUUCGUUCAUUUCCUGAUUUUACAAAUCAAACUUUCAAAUAUCCGGUUCAUUCAAAUGGUUAUCUAUCUGUUCCACAAGCAAAUGGAAAUCAAUCACCUUCAUUUUCACAUUCAUUUGGUUAUUCAGCAUUUGCACCAACAUUACCUAUACAUUUUGCUCAAAAUCAUCAUCAUCAACAUCAACAUCCAACAUAUCUUUUAGGCGAUAAUCGACCAACACAUUUCAAUGAAACAAAUAAUAAUAAACCAUCAUCAAUUGCAACAUCAUCAUCAUCACAUCGAUCUCCUUCUUCAAAUGAAAUUCGUCCUUUUACUAUUGAUGCAAUGCUUAGUAAUGCAAAUAAUAAUAAUAAUAAUGGAAAAAAUUUAAAUAAAGAAAAUUCUCAACGAAAUGAUCGAUUAAUAAAACCUAUUGAUCUUUCAACAACAUCUACUGAUAUAUCUUCACCGACAAAUGAACAAACACCACCACCACCACCAACACCAUCAUCAUCCGGAUUACCAACAGCGGCAACAUUAAAUUUUUUUCAUAUGAAAAAUAUGAUUGAAUUUACUGUUGAAAGUGCUCGUCUACGUGAAAAACAACUUGAAAAUGAAAUUGUUGAUCUACGAACUGAAUUAACGAAAGAACAAGAUUCUCGACAAAAACUUGAACAAGAUAUUCUUGAAUUACGACGUGUUAGAAAUGUAUUAAUAAAAAAAUUAAAACGUCUCAAUCGAUCAUUAUCAACAACUGGUAUAUGUUCUAACAGUAAUGGUGAUACAAAAAAUGAAUCAUCAUGA